AUGACACAGACAACCCAAGUCCCAGGGACUGACAUCAAGCCCUGGUUGCAGCCAGCACCGCAAAGCUACGUCUUUACCAACGCCAACAUUGUCGACGUUGAAGCUGGCACGAUCUUGGAAAAUUCAUCACUCGUGAUCAGCGAAGGCAAGAUUCAGUCAAUCUCACAGGGAGAGCAUCAACCGACCGACCUACAUGUAAUCGAUUGUCAGGGUCGCUAUAUCUGCCCUGGAUUAUUUGAUGCCCAUGUUCACUUGUGCGCUGUGCCAGGGUUCACCGACCUGAGCAAAGCUUUUGGGAAUCCCAACGAUGUGCACCUGCUGCGCCAGCCUUAUACAGCCGCUCAGAUGCUGCACCGCGGCUUUACUAGCAUCCGUGAUUGCGGUGGAGCCCAACUCGCCUUGAAAGAGGCCAUCGAAGAUGGAGUCUUUCCAGGUCCUCGCAUCUUCCUGUCCGGUCAUGCCCUGUCACAAUUCGGGGGACACGGCGAUUUACGAAACUCGCAUGAGCACGGCCAAUGCUGCGGCGGAGUCCACAACCAAAACUCGCUCGGGCGCAUGUGCAACGGCGUGCCCGAGUGCAUGGCAGCUGUUCGCGAAGAGAUCCGGUGCGGAGCCGAUUUCAUCAAGAUCAUGGGCUCGGGCGGUGUUGCAUCUCCAACCGACAAGCUGGAGCACCUCCAAUUCACGGACGCCGAGAUCCAGGCGAUGGUGGAGUGUGCAGCGAAUGCGGGCACUUUUGUGACAGCUCAUGCGUACACGGUCAAGGCGAUCCGGCAUUGUAUUGAUAAUGGUGUUCGGGGCAUCGAGCAUGGGAACUUUGUCGAUAAACCGACUGCUCAGCUGAUGGCUGAAAAGGGCGUCUACCUGACCCCCACCCUCAUCACUUAUGCUCAGAUGGCCAGUGAUCGUUGGAAGGGUUACUUGUCUCCGGAAUCUCAGACUAAAAAUUCCCAGGUGCUUGAGUCCGGCUUGGGAGCUCUCAAGAUCGCAUCGGAUGCAGGCGUUACCAUGUGUUAUGGCUCGGAUCUCUUGGGCCCGUUGGGCGCUGCUCAAACACAGGAAUUCCAAUUGCGUUCGCAGGUACUCUCGCCGCUUGAGGUCCUGCGCAGUGCGACUAUCAACCCGGCGAGGAUGAUGAGCUGCGAUGAUAGUCUCGGUCAGAUUAAAGAGGGCUUUGAGGCCGAUUUGCUGGUUUUAAGCAAAAACCCUUUGGAGAACGUAACUAUCUUUGACAAGCCUGACGAACAUGUUCUAGCUGUCAUGAAGGCGGGACGUGUUUAUAAGAGCCGGUGGGCUGCGCUCCCCGAGGAUGGCGCAACUCCGGUGAGGCUAUGA